GUACAUGUUCUGCGCAUGCGUAGCUUCAGGACAAGCACGUUUUGUCAGUCACGUUGGGUCAAGCACUUAUCAACAGGCAAGUUUAUUAUUACAGACUUUUAUAAAAAAUAAAAAAGGUUAAAGUGGAUUCAGCAGCAACACGUUGACGCAGUUGGACACCCGACGCUUGUAGCCAAAUAGAAUGCGGCGCGCAGACAUACAGGACGAACCUGCGACUUAUGAGCGACUUGUGUACAAAAACACAUCCGUUUACCACUAUAUGAGGAUCUCCCUAGUGUUGGAGAAUGAAAGCACCAGACUCAGUGCAGCCCAACUGAAGCAGCUCAUCGUCUCUGGCCUCAGGGACCUGUAUGGAGAGGUUGGAGGUGCCUUCCCUUUUGAUCUGUUGACGUUUGAUGAGAGCACACUAACAGGUGUGCUCCGUGUGUACAACAGUGGUCUGGUGAAGUUGUGGAGUGCCCUGACACUGUUGGGAUUCUAUCAAAAUGAACUGUGCUUUUUCAGAGUUACUCAGGUAUCACCUUUCCUGUUAACUCUGUCUGGGAAUAGUCGUGAGCUGGAGCUGGACUGAGCAAAGCUGUUGGUUCUUGAAUCAACACAGUGACCCAUAACACUGUGAAGACAAAACAAUACCUAGAAUGAACUUCAUUUUCAGAAAUGUCUUUAGUAAACAACAUUUGUGCUCUAAUUUCAACUAUGCAGCUCUUAACUGCAUUCAAAGGGCCAGGGGCCCCCUGCCGUUGGUUACAUUACCCCAGCCACGUCACCUCCAUGUCGGGGAGCGGGCCUCUCUCACCAAGGCCUUCAGCGCCAGGGACGUGGCGGUCUUCGCCGAGCUCACCGGGGACGUAAACCCCAUUCACCUGGACCCGACCUAUGCCAAGACCACGUCGUUCGAGACGCCCAUCGUCCACGGCGUGCUGAUAAACGGACUGAUCUCGGCCAUUCUGGGGACCAAGAUGCCAGGGAGCGGCUGUAUCUUCCUGUACCAGGAAAUCAGGUUCCCGGCGCCUCUGUACAUCGGGGAGGAGGUUCUGGCUGAAGCCGAGGUGAAGAAGAUCAAGAUGUCCUUCGCCUUCAUCGCAGUGACCUGCUCCGUCAAAGAUAAAGUGGUCAUGGAGGGGGAGGUCAUGAUCAUGAUGCCAGAGGAUCAGCAACCAAGGGUGCGAUGAGGAUGAUGAUGAUGACAGUUGGAGGGAAUAUUGUAGCCUCAAAUCCAGUCCGUUUGUGCUAACAUUCCACCCCUUCUCUGUUUGGCAUAACAAGGAGUAGAAUGUUAGCACAAACGGACUGGAUUUGAGACUACAAUAUAUCCACCAACUAGCUUCAAAUCCAGUCUGUUUGUGCUAACAUUCUACUCCUUGUUAUGCCAAACAGAGAAGGGGUGGAAUGUUAGCACAAACGGACUGGAUUUGAAGCUAGUUGGUGGAUAUAUUGUAGUCUCUCUUGACAUGACAAACUUGAGCUAACGUGCGAUUUGGUUCUGGCGGCAGGGAUUUAAAAUAUGUACUGCAAACCUGUACUUUUGUUUACCUGGCUUUUUGGAGAUCCUUUUAUGUUUGUAUGGCUUGAGUACCUGUGUGAUAGACAAUCUAUCCGUCUCACACCCCUCUAGGAACAGCUCAGAGGUUAGUGUCUGUUGUGGGACUACCUCCGAAGCAUCUUCUGACAAAUGCCUGCUAAAUCAGUGGCACUGGAAUGAUCCUUGUUUUGCUCAUAAUUUUCAAAUAAGUGUUACAUGGUCUUGUGCUCUUGUAUUACAAAUAAUUGCGUACAAUGUUCUUAGGUUAAAUGAUGAUUUAUUGAAUUUGAGGCAACUUUUGUUUGAUCAAAGAUCCUUCUUAGCUGUUUUGUAAAUAAAUGACAUAAUAAAGACCUAGGUCAAUGUAUAUAGGCACAUCUGAAUUACAAAUAAAUGUAAUCUAAGCAUUUAAGGUU